CAUGGUGUCAGAAGUAAAAGUAAGGUGGAAAAGAAGAUAAAAACACUUCGAAACAGAUAAGAUGGAUGCUCGUUUGCCACAACCACUAGACUGCUCAAAUUUGGCAAAGGAAUGGCCAAUGUGGAAGCAGCAGUUUUUCAUUUAUAUGCUUGCAAACAACAAGAACAAUGAGCCGGAGCCGAACAAAAUUGCUACACUUUUGUGGUUGAUUGGUAAGCGUGGUAUGGAAAUAUAUAAUUCCUUAUUUCCUUACAACGGUAAUUUGGAGAAUAUGUUUGAUGUCGCUACUGCGACCAUAGCUGCAAGUACCAGCACCGCUGGUGGAAAUGUUAACGUUUCUGUAAACGCAGGCAGCGCAACGACCACCAACAACACAGCAGAUGCCAACGCCGUUGGUAAUAAUAGUGCCGCCGUCACGGAUCGUAUAGAUAACUAUGGUGUCCAACGAACACUUGCACAAGUAAUCACAGCCUUUGAUGAAUAUUGUCUGCCAAGGAAAAAUCUUGCUGUGGAGGCAUUUAAAUUUAAUAUGAUUGUACAAAGGGAAAAGCAAUCAUUUUCUGAGUUCGAAACGGAACUUCGUACACAGUUACAAUACUGUGAAUUUAGUUGUGCGUCAUGCCACUCAUCGUAUGCAGACCGAAUUCUUCGUGACCACAUUAUUGUCGGGAUACAGGACAAGAAGCUGCAGUUAAGACUCUUAGAUGGAAAUGAUGAGCCGUUGUCGAAGAUCAUUCAAAUAUGCAAAACAUUUGAAACUGCAGCUGAGAACAAACAACUUUUAGAUACUAAAACCUUGAAGACCGAAGUGAAUACUGUGGAUGCCAAAAGUGCAGAAGAUUCAAAAUCAGGUGAUGAGGUUGCAGUUAUUAGAGCAGCAACUUGCUUCAACUGUGGACAGCAAUUCAAUGAACGUCAUCGUCGUAACUGUCCAGCAAAUAACGUGUCAUGCCAUUCAUGUGGACGCCGUGGUCAUUUUGCUAAAUUUUGUAAGUCAAAACAAAAUGAUGUUAAAGGAAAGAAAUCAGCCGACGGAAAACGUCCGGAGAACAACAACAGCCGCCAGAACACGGUUUAUAGAGUGAACUAUUCUGAUUUAGAGUAGACGCGAACACUGUUGAUUUAGGCCACAAUAGAUGGACGAAGCGGUAUCUGAUUCAAAAUCUACCAAUUGAAUUUAAGUUGGAUACGGGGGCGGAUAUUAACUGUAUCCCGAUGAAUUUUAUAAGAAGAAUAAAUGUUCCUUUUUCUCGUAUUGAUAACAUUAAAGUUACGGACUAUAAUUCCAAUAGAAUAAACAUUCAUGGUGAAGUUAG